UUCACUUCUAUCGCGCUACAACCUCCGCCACGCGUGGAGUCCUGAGUGAAAACCGAUCUGUGGAAAAUUGGGGAGGAAAUAGUCUUCCCGGGAUCAGCGUGGCCGUAUAGAAUUACGGUGGAGGCCCCUCCCCCUGUCUGGCUCGCUCUUUUUUCUCAACCUCUCGGUUGGCUUUCCGAGAGGGCUCGAUCCUGCUCACGCUCAGAGCGCUGAGAAAUAGCAGGCAGAAGAUGGCUGACUCUACCGGGCACGGUGAGCCCACAGCAGCAGCAGCAGCAUCAACUUCACCGGGGCUUCUCACGCGCCUGCCAUUCGCUGCCACUCCGCAACUCUGAAACGACCCAGCCUCGCUCCGUGCCCCAAAUAUUGACAGAGAUUUAAAGAAAACAUGGCUGAGAUGGAGAAAGAGGGAAGACCCCCGGAAAACAAGAGGAGCAGAAAGCCAGCUCACCCCGUGAAGAGGGAAAUUAACGCAGAGAUGAAGGUCCCAUCCAAUCGGCCCCUCCCAGGGGCGGGGCAGGCAGGCAAUCUCCAUGGCAACUCGCCCUACUUGAUGAGUUUUGCCGAAAACACCAUGAAUGAGUUGCUUGGAUGGUACGGAUAUGAUAAAGUGGAGUUACGAGACUCAGAUGACAUAGAGAUCCGCAACUACCCUGACGGAGAAAUGCGGCAUCACGUCUCUGUCCUGAAAGAGAACUCUUUGCCAAAAGCAUCCACAGUGGAGAACAGCAGUGGUUCUCCUCCACACGCCAACAGCUCUGGCUCUACUCCGACAUCACGGAAUGGAGUGAUAGCCGAGGCGUCUGCAAACCCCUCCUCCUCUAAGGAGCACGGAGGCCUGCCAAUCAUAGUGCCCUUAAUCCCGCCCCCUCUGAUCAAAGCACCAGCAGAGGAGGACACCUCUAAUGUUCAGAUAAUGUGUGCGUGGUGUCAGAAGGUGGGAGUGAAGCGUUAUUCUCUCAGUAUGGGCUCUGAACUGAAGAGUUUCUGUAGCGAGAAAUGCUUCGCUGCCUGUCGACGUGCCUACUUCAAACGCAACAAGCUUGGAUAUGUGAGGAAUUGCAGUGCCAGAGAGGAGGAGGGCGUUCCACACCACAGCUUGUCCAAAGACACGCCCAGACUUGUCCUCAAGACAAACAGCGAUGUGCUUGUCUGCGAUUGGUGCAAACACAUCCGCCACACUAAGGAAUACCUGGAUUUUGGAGCGGGUGAAAGACGGCUCCAGUUCUGCAGUGCAAAGUGUCUGAACCAGUAUAAGAUGGACAUAUUCUAUAAGGAGACUCAGGCCGCACUGCCAGGGGGUUUAUGUAACCCUCCUCUCCCCACGAGUGAUACGAUAUCAGAGAGUGCAGCGGGUGUACAGCUCCUUACACCUGAGUCCUGGAGCGCACCUCUAAAUGAGCUCCGCAGUCGCAAGGCACCUUCACCAGGGGGUGCCACCACUGUAGCUGGACCUUCUGGAUCCACCUCGGGGUCACCAUCUGAAAUUGGAACUGUGUGUUCCUCCUCAUCCUCGUCAUCCUCGUCAUCAUCAUCUAUGAAAAUCCCCACACCACGGCCGCAUGAAAGCCCUGUGUUACCGCCACCUCCUCCUCCGCCACCAAUAGCAGGCUUACAUCCAGCUCUGGGUGUGCCGCCCAGCAGCCCGCCGAUGGUGAUGACACCACGUGGCCCUGUUCCUCUCCCUUUCUUUAUGGAGCACCAGAUGAUGCAGCAGAUUCGCCCUCCGUUUCUACGUCCCCCAGGCCCCAACAGCCCUCAUUCCAAUCCCAUGAUUCCUGGCAUUGGGCCACCACCUCCUCCUCGGACUUUGGGUCCUCCAUCAAGCCCUAUGUACCGCCCGCUCUUCCCCCCCCACAUACACCCAUCCUCCACCCCAACCCUUCCUGGGAACCCUCCGGGUAUGAUGCCCCCUCAUCCUGGUGGCCAUAUGCCAGCCUUGCCUUUCCCCCCAGUUAACAUGAUGCAAGCUGGACCCAUCCCAAUUCCACCCAUUAUGAAUAUUGGCAUACCUUCUCUGGCCCCCCUAGUGCCACCACCAACAUUAUUAGUGCCCUAUCCAGUGAUUGUGCCAUUACCAGUUCCCAUACCCAUUCCAGUGCCCAUACCAUUCAGUCCGCAGGCUUCUGGUGACCGACCAGGAAAUGAUGGAAUGCUUCCGAACGCUGCAAGCGAGCUGAGUGAUUCAAAAGCACCGCCACCAUUUUCUCAAAGCACCUCCAGGGGGGAAGGGAGGGACUUUCAGCAAGCCCCUCCCACCUCAGAUACACUUUCGCCAGGAUUUUCCAAACAGGCGGAGCAGGGCAGGGCAAACAUUGCGGAGCUGAUGGUUAAAACAGAGAACUCUGGUAACGGAAGCUCUGGACACUCCCAGAAAGACACACCAGCAGAUGGAGUCAUUGAUUUAACAACCAGUCGGCGUUCCCGGCAACAGCUAGUUAUCCAGAGGGUUGUAACCUGUGUGCAGGUAAAAGCAGAGCCCGGGUUAAGCCCACCACCUGCAGUUUUGGGUGAAACUGAGGUGGAUGGGUCGGCCGGUACUAGCACAGGUGCAAUAGAAGAUAACCACAGAGACAGUAAUGCUGAAAGCCCGUUGGCUAGCGUGGCUCUGCCUUGUGCCGACCUGUCCUACUGCAGCGGCACAACGCCACUUUCUCAUCCAAUCACAUACAGCGACUCCACUGUUCCUAGCAACACCACCACAGCUAAAUCUGAGCCUGGGUCUGCUACGCCCUGCAAUGUGAUUGUUAAUGGAAGCUGUAAUGUGCCUCCAGCAGAGAGUUCGAUCAGAACACCUCUGUUAGAGCAGCGCCCUCUAGUGGACCCCUGCCGCAGAACCGCCGCUGUGAGCGACGAGCCUGCGGGGGCUGAUCUAGAAGGAGAGGACCUGAAAGAGAACAGCUGCUUAGCAACAGAAAGAGACUCAGCAGGUAAGAGAAGCUCAAAUGACCAGUCUGCCAUUACCGCAGUAACAGGGGAGGACAAACCUCAGAGCCCUGAAGAUGCCCCAUCUGGUGAGGACCAUGCCUACGCCCUGCCCCUAAUGCCCAAACCUGGCUGUGUUAUUCAGCCUGUGCCCAAACCUGCUGACAAAACCGCUGCCAUUUUGCCCUGUGGCUUGACAGCCCCAUUAACAGGAACCGUUCCAAUGGAAAUGGAGCCUCCGUUGAAGAGAAGGUGUCUGCGUAUCCGCAAUCAGAACAAGUGAAAUAGAGGACAGAAAUCACCAUCUCACCAAAGGGAUAAAGAGGCCUGCACUGCAGCAGAGACCAUCAGCUGUCCACAGACUUAAUCCACAGUCCAGCCAAUCAAGAUGUCAACCUUGUUUUCUCCAAUUUUCCAAACACGCACAUACACGUUGCGACAAUAUGCACACAGAUCAUCUGGAUUGGGCAGCAGUCUGCUCCGUCUCCACCCCUUUCGGCUAAACAAAGACUGACACAAAGUGUUAAUCUGGGAAGUAGAUUGGACGUGAUGUUUGACCUUCAACUGCGAUAUCUUCAGGCAAAGUCUGUUCUCAUUCUACUAGUUGAUGAAUGAGAUAUUUCUCAUCCUCUCCACCCGACCCCUCCAUCCAUGGCUUGUUGAGAGGACUUUCCCCCUAUGGUUGGAGGUGGCAUUACAGUGUACAUAUACAGAUUUCCAAAAAGGCGGAGCUUAAGCCAAACACAAUAGAUCUGCCAGGCCGCCAAUCAAACACGCUCAUGAAUAGCUAUAAUUUGGAACAGGGCCAGUCAAAUCCUGCCACAGAUGGAUGGACCAGUUUUCCGCUUUGUGUGUGCAUUCAAAGAAGCUCGGUUUAAUCUGUCUGUACGUUUGGUCUCGGAUGCUUCUCAUUCAAUAGCUUCAGUCAGAAAGACUAAUACUGAUGCAGAGUUGCUCUAAAACUCUGAAUACUCUCUCCUCUCAAAUCUUUCUCCCCCUCACUUCCUCUGACUAUGUGUAUCAGUAUCUGCAACACCAGCAAAACACUCUGUACUCUUUCUUAACCUCUUUCCUUUCUCUCCUUUCUGAGGGAGAGGUGUUCUGGAACCGGACACCAAAAAAGACAGGAAGCGAGAAACGUACACACACCCUGGAGGGAGUACAAAAACAGAAGGAUGGAGUGAACUUUAAUUUCACCCCUGGAAAGAAGCUGGAAACUAGUUGGAGAAGAGAACUAGAAGAUAAGUAGUCUGCACUACUGGAGAAGAGUGUUUGUGGAUGGUUUGCUGGUUUAUUGUGCAAUGAAAAUUCAUUCACUCACUGAUUUGAUUGAGGAUUACAGGGUACAGACCUCACCAAGCAUUUUGGCGAACUGUUAAAAUGGCUGCUAGCUUUGCGGCCAUUGGCUUGGAGACUGUCCCACCCAGUCUGUUCAAUCACAAGCGCUCAUUGCCACGCCGCAAAGCUCAGCGAAGAGUCGGUCUAACACUGCUGGUGGGUUGUGUACACACUGUCCUGAUGUAUCAGAUGGCUUAGAUGGAAAUCAGUGUCCACAAGGGCAUUUGGGUUGGAUUUCUCAUUAUUUAUAUCAGUAUCCAUCUUAUUGCAGUGCUCUUAUUUAAGAAAAAUCCCUCCUGGGUUUGCUAUCAAGAGUACAAUCAAAACCAGUGGAGAGGUCAGUAAGCGUCUCGGGCAGCUGUGAGCUGGUGUCAAGGGUACAUUCUUGAGGGUUUUUUAUGCUUUAGUUUUUUGCCAAAUCCCAAUCAGUGCUAAAUUAUGUUCAUCACUUCCUUUCCAGCUACGGUUACUUGAACAGUUUCAGUUAGUUCCAAGGUGCCUCAGUGUAGAGUUCACUUACACAAGAUGCCAAGAACAUUUAGCUUAAAGGUAGACUGGGUUGGUUAGGUGGACACAGAGCCAAAAUGAUUUUAGUUACACAGAGUACUGUAAGAGCUGAAUGCAUGGUUAGCACCUGGGUGCAUAGGUUAUUUGUUUUGACUAAAGUGGAGGAGUGAACCUUAAAGCCAAGCAUGUGCGUGUUUGUGUGUGUGUGUAAUUGGGAGAAGGUGUAUCAGAUUUCUGGCCAAAAUGGAGUUCAGUUUGACAAAACAUUCAAGUUUGCCAAUUUAUUUUGGGAGAAGGUCUAAAAUUCAAGUCAAAAAUUUGUCAAGCAAUGUGUCAGACAUCACAAGGAGGAUAAAAAAAUUAAAAAAAAAUAAAACAAACAAAUAAAAAAUACACAUUAUUUUACAAUAUUUAUGAAUACAAAAGUUUCAGUCAUACAUGAAAAAGAGGAAAUAAAUCUAAUAAUUUUCAUUUAAACAAUUUCCUGAGAGCAGAAUUUCAGAUCAGACAUUCUUUGUUUUACAUUUUUUGUUUGUUUUCUUUACUUAUUCACUUUGAUAUACUUUUUUCCUUUUUUAUUUGUUGUUUUUAUUUACUUUUUAAUUGCUUUUUUUCAUUUAUUUUUCCUGUUUUUUGGUUACUUUUAUCCUUUUUUGUUUUGUUUUUCAUUUUCAUGUUUUAACUUUUGUUUUUGAUCUUUACUGUUGUUGUUUUUUGUCUUGUUUUAUUUAUUUUUUAUCUGAUUACUCUCAUAUAAACUGAGUUUAACUG